GUGCGGGCGGUGAUGAGAGCCAAAGUUGCGCUCGGUUCGGCGCUGGGGGCUUAAGGCGGCUCGGCGCUCCGCCCGUCUGGGCCUCCCCCGGCCCCAGCGCGCGCCGCUGGGCUCCCGCGCGCCCGCCAGCCCGCCCGGCCCUGCGCCCACCCGCGCCCCCUGCCCGGCCAGCGCCCGCUCCCCGCGAGCCGGGGUCCUCGCCGCCGUCGCCCGGCCCCGGGCCCCGCUGAUGCCGGCCAUGGUGGAGAAGGGCCCCGAGGUCUCAGGGAAGCGCAGGGGCAGGAACACCGCGGCCGCCUCCGCCUCGGCCGCCGCCUCGGCCGCCUCCGCCUCGGCCGCAGCAGCCGCCGCCGCCUCGGCCGCCGCCGCCGCCGCCUCGGCCGCCGCCGCCUCGGCCGCCGCCGCCCCCAAUAAUGGCCAGAAUAAAAGUUUGGCGGCGGCGGCGCCCAAUGGCAACAGCGGCAGCAACUCCUGGGAGGAAGGCAGCUCGGGCUCGUCCAGCGACGAGGAGCACGGUGGCGGCGGCAUGCGGGUCGGACCCCAGUACCAGGCGGCCGUGCCCGACUUCGACCCCGCCAAACUGGCAAGGCGCAGUCAAGAACGGGAUAAUCUCGGCAUGCUGGUCUGGUCGCCCAAUCAGAAUCUGUCAGAGGCAAAGUUGGACGAGUACAUUGCCAUCGCCAAGGAGAAGCAUGGGUACAACAUGGAGCAGGCUCUUGGAAUGCUCUUUUGGCAUAAGCAUAAUAUUGAAAAAUCAUUGGCUGAUUUGCCCAACUUUACCCCCUUCCCAGAUGAGUGGACUGUGGAAGAUAAAGUCUUAUUUGAGCAAGCCUUUAGUUUUCAUGGGAAAACUUUUCAUAGAAUCCAACAAAUGCUUCCUGAUAAAUCUAUAGCAAGUCUGGUGAAAUUUUAUUACUCUUGGAAGAAGACAAGAACCAAAACCAGUGUGAUGGAUCGUCAUGCCCGGAAACAAAAGCGGGAGCGAGAGGAGAGUGAGGAUGAACUUGAAGAAACAAAUGGAAGUAACCCCAUUGACAUCGAGGUUGAUCAAAAUAAGGAAAGCAAAAAGGAGGUGCCCCCUACUGAGACAGUUCCUCAGGUCAAAAAAGAAAAACAUAGCACACAAGCUAAGAAUAGAGCAAAAAGGAAACCUCCAAAAGGCAUGUUUCUGUCCCAGGAAGAUGUGGAGGCUGUUUCUGCCAAUGCCACUGCUGCUACCACGGUGCUGAGACAGCUGGACAUGGAGUUGGUGUCCAUCAAACGACAGAUUCAGAAUAUUAAACAGACGAACAGUGCUCUCAAAGAAAAGCUUGAUGGUGGAAUAGAGCUGUACCGACUUCCAGAGGUCACACAGAAGUGCAACGCCCGUUGGACCACAGAAGAGCAGCUUCUGGCCGUACAAGCCAUCAGGAAAUAUGGCCGAGAUUUUCAGGCAAUCUCCGACGUGAUUGGGAACAAGUCAGUGGUACAGGUGAAAAACUUUUUUGUAAAUUACCGACGCCGCUUCAACAUAGAUGAAGUUUUACAAGAAUGGGAGGCAGAACAUGGAAAAGAAGAGACCAAUGGACCCAGUAGCCAGAAACCUGUCAAGUCCCCAGAUACAGCUAUCAAGCUGCCUGAAGAGGAGGAAGAGGCUGCUUCUGUCCUCGACGUCAGAUAUGCAUCUGCCUCAUGAGAAAUGCUGGUAACUCUGAACACUUGGUAUGGACUCCAUGUUACCCAGGAUAUCAGGUAUUACGAGACAUCACCUAGCCAUCUGCAUCACAUCUCUGUGGACAAGCAGCUAUUACCAAAAAAGGCAUACACUUCCAGUCCUGUGCUACAUCUGCCUUAAUUCUUUGCUCGUUCCUCCCUGUUGGCGCCACUUCCAGAGAGCUCCAUCACGUCUCUUCCCCUGCCUCAGUGCUGGGCAGCCCACAGCCUGCACACCUCCCUCAACUCUGGGACCCACUCCCAAGAUGGAGUCCUUGAGCCCCACCGAUGGCAGCUCUUCUCAGUCAGCAGCUUCAGAACAGGUAGUCUUGGAAGGCCCGACUCUGUUCCUGCAUGGCCUGCAGUUUCUACUUGUGCAUAAUGUACUUUCCAGAGUUACUGACCCUGUUGGUCUUCUAGAAAGUUUCUCUUCCUCUCUUCUGAGGCAACCACCUAAAUAGCAUCAGGCUUCUUUAGAAAUCACAAUGUAUCGGCAGACUGCAGCGCAGCCUUUAUUGUGCCAAGCAUCUGGAUGCGCCUUGUGUUUCCUAAAUGCAGGGUAGAGUUACAGUUUCCGAGUUUAGUGAACCUAAAUCUCCCCCCUUUUUCCUUCCCAAGUGGUCAAGCUCACUCAGAGCACCUAUCCUUGGACACUGUGGCUUAAAGGGAACGUGGACCUCAGUGCUUUCUGCCUUCAGCCCUCAGCGUUAUAGUCCCAGGGUGGGUGCACCCACCUUUUCCUGACCCCCCACCACCACUGCCGCCACAACUCUGAGCAGCUCGGUCCAUAUCACUGUACCUGGUGCUCGUACACUUGGAACUGGUGCCUUCUCCUUUUGGCAACCAUGUUAUCGGUCCCUUUUCUGUUCAAGUGUCUUAUUUAAAGUUUAUUGCUUGCCAAAGAUGACAUCAUUGAGAUAGGAGACAGGGAGAGCUUCUGCAGAUCCCGACAGAGUGCAGAUUUUGAACGUCAGGUUAGUUCAAUAAAGCAUGUUAGAAUAACUGGUGAUGGUUUUAUAGAAACUACAUACGGUUUGUUCCUGUCCUCCUGGUGUGCCUGGCCUGUUGUGUGUCACUUCAUGUGUCCUUUUGUGUCCUUUGUGUACUGAUGUGAUCACACAAACACCAUCCCUUCUCUUUUAAUAGCUGAGUACAGGGCAGAGAAGUGAUCGAUAUAUUGGUCUAAUAAGACCAAGAUGAAAAGUGGUAUGUAAUGCCUUUUGGUUGGACUGGGAACAAGUAACAGUUUUCUAGUAAAUGUCAUGUGACUUCCAGAAUCACCUUGGUUCUCUACCAGACCGUGGCCUGCUGAGGCUUGGCCAGCCAGCAUGCAUUCCAGCACCACGGCCAGCCAGCCAUUCUGCACUAACACAUGGAAGCAGCUUUUGUUGUGUUUGCAUCCUUUGAAUAUUUUUUUCUGCUUUUAAUACCAAAAAGAAAAAAAAAUACAGAUGCUUUAAGGCAUAAACAGAAUUCUUAAGAAUUUAAAAUAUGCAAUUAAAAUUUGAUGUGUUUUGAUUCCAAGCACCUUGCUUUUUUUUUUUUUUUUUCCUUUCUUUUAAGUCAAUUGAUCAUCUCUUUAGAAAGAGGUUUAGCUAGAAACCUAGUUUAGUUUGUAUGUUCUUUUGGAGAAGUCUGAGGAAAGGUCAUUCCAGAGGGGAGAACAGGGGCUUUCCUGGUCCUGUUCCCUGUCAGGUGUCUGUUGGGCACAGCCUGUUGUUGGGCCUGCCUUCUUGCCUGGAGACAGGCAGCUCUGACACCACCACUGAGUCCCUUUUGUAGGCCUGCUGUGUGUUUGGAGGUGGCUAAAAGCAGGGGCCAGUCAGCCUGUGCUCUGCACGGCAUCUGAGGGGACAUGCUGAAGCUUUCUGCUCCCCCAGCAGGAGCAAUAGGUGGUGGUUGCAGUGGCAAUCUCCUUCUCCAUGCUCAGGCUGUCUUCCUUGAGUCCCUCCUGGUAAUGACUAGAAGGAUAGUAGCCCUUAGGUGACGUGCAGAUGGAAUGGCAAUGUCCCCUUACUUGGUUCCUGGCACUGAGUGGCCUUCAUCCCUGGAGAGUCACAUGCUGGUGCACUUGUGAUCUCAGCAGGUAAAUUUGGGCUCUUUCUCCAAGGGAAAGGACGCGCUGUUUUCAUUUGACAGAGGAAGGGUACUCCUUGCCUGCCAUCGCUGCAGUCUCAAGCAGAAGAUAGCACUGUCUUUAACUUUUUUCAUUAUGCUGUCUUUGCAAUUAUGUAAAUGCAAGAAAUCACUUAGCUUUCAAAGCUGAGUGGCGUGGUGUUAUUUAUGUGAAGACUCUUAACAUAUCAAGAAUUAGGUGCAUUGGCAGGUUGGGUUUGGGAUGUGAUAACUGCUUCAGAUGGAAUGUCACUUACGUUUUGUGUUCUUAAAAUUUAUCAAUGUGAAUGUCAUAAUUAUAUAUAUUUUUGUGGAAAAUUUCUCCUAAGUAUAAGUUAUUGUGCAAAAUAUAGUAUCAUGGACACAAAUAAUAGUUUAACUUUUAGUUUAGAUAUCCUAAAAGAUAUAAAUUGUAUUGCAUAUGCAUUAAAAGUUUGUUUUAUUUAAUUUUAUGUAGAUGUGUAAAGUGUUAGUUAAGGAUUUUUUUUUUCACUUAUUCAUUUAAACACCUUGUUACUUGAAUAGCGUGUUGGCUGGUCAGCAGCAGUGAUUCUGUAACAUAGCCCUUUCAACCGAGAAGUUACCAUGCCUCAGUUGUGCUGAUGAGCUUAGUGGUGGUACAGUCCAGGUGGGUGCUGGUGUUGCAGGAGCCCCAGGUCAGUGUGGCACACCUGCUGGUUAUCUUGGCCUGUGUGUUGAGACACUGCUUCCUUUCAAUGGUUUUUGGUAGUUUUUAACCUUAAGACCCACUGAUGGUCACAAGCCUCUAAUCAAAAAACAAAAGUGAAAAAGUAGUCUAAAAGCUUGCGGGGCUGAACUAAUUAAUCAAGCAGUUCUUUUCUGUUUAGGUAAAAUUUCCUCAAAUAUCAUACACCACUCUUAAAUGUGUUCAUUGUCACUUUAAGUUUCAACUAUUUUUAUCUUUCUGAAUAUCAGAUAUACUAUUGGUAUAACUGCACACCAAAAAUAAGCCAGCAGUGCUUUACACUGGCUGGAUCCCUGCUUUUACGUGAGAAAAGGAAAGAUGGAGCCAAGUCCACCAGGGGCCUCUUUUUUUCCCCUCUCAAGCCUGUUUCUAAACCUAGUGACCCAGGAGUCAAGCUUUUAGUAUCAAAUGAACUUUGCCUCAGAUUGACUCGAGGUAGCUCAGUCGUCAGAAUCUAUCGAUCUUGUGCAAUGCUCUUCCGCCACUCCUAGGAUCUCCGCAGCUUUUCCUAAUUAUAGUGAAGCACAAUUGCAGUAACAGUACAGUUCAGAACAAGGAAGGUCAGGACAGUCUAUGCAUGUUGUAAAAUAAUGAGUGUUUACAGCCACCUUCUCCUAAAACAAAAAUUUAUACUGGAGUGGAUAGUAUUCCAUUAUGUAGACUUACAACUUUGCUAAGUGCUUUUUAGAUUGCUUAAAAUUUUUUCAAGAUUUUAAAAGAUGUAUAAGGUUAAGUGUGCAAAUACAAUGGAAAUGCUGUAUAUCUUUUGAAGUGAUAAAAUCCACGUUGGAAUUUUAAAGAAAAUAUGUUGUGAUAAUGCUGUUGUAAGUAAUAUUUUCAUGUCUCUUUUUGCCUGUUUUCUAUUUCAGCACAUUCAUUGUGGUGAAUGUUCAUAGCAUUAUAAUUGCUUAGCCAUUGGAUGAUAACAUUUGUUAGUGGAAAUUGGAAGAUUUAUUUGUGAAAUUCUGCAGAAUUCAUUUUUCUAUUUCCAAUAUUUGCUGAAGUUAAAUAAAAAUUUUCAAGCCA